UAGUAGGGCUGCUAACUAGUGUGCUCUGCAAACAGUGAAGUGUACUCAUUGUUUACGCCGAUUACUCCUCGUUGUUUUGAACAGAGAGCACUUGUUUUCCUCUGUAAACCGAGCUCAUUGAUAGCUCAUACCGCUGCGCCUCAGACGGGAUGGUUUGCUUUGUGAGCUGUUAGAUCACAGGAUUUGUAUUUCCUCCUAAAGUGCUGGUGAACCUCCUAGACGUAAUGAAGUCAGAUAUACCUUACGAAAAGAUGGUUGAUGUGGAGCUAAGCAGAGGAGAAGCACAUCAUGGCUCACAAAAGUAUUACAGGUGUCUGAUCAUCCUCACCUGUUUAACCACUGUCUUGUUGAUACUCCUGUCACUCCAAUCCCUGCUUGUUCCGAUGGCAACAUCCUCCUCCUCUAAAGCAUCUGGACAGCAGAAGCAUCUUCUCACCAGAGAAACCUGCACUGAUCCCUGCAGGAUUGUUUUAGUGGAGAGUAUUCCUGAGGGCCUGGUGUUUAACUCCUCUACCACUCACCAGUCUAUAUAUGAGGCCUGGCUCAACCUUAUAUCUGGCGCUCAAACCAGUCUGGACAUCGCCUCCUUCUACUGGACUCUUACCAAUAAAGACACACACACACACGAGGCCACAGCUAAUCAGGGUGAGCAGAUUCUGCAGGAAUUGGGGCAGCUCUCGGGGAAAGUGUCUGUCCGAAUUGCAGUCGAUAAACCGUCAGAGAAAAAACCCCUGGAUGACGUUAGUUUCCUGAUCGCUUCCGGAGCUGAUGUGCGGAUGGUGAAUAUGCGAGAGCUGACGACAGGUGUUCUGCAUACUAAAUUCUGGAUUGUGGAUAAAAAGCAUGUUUACAUAGGGAGUGCAAAUAUGGACUGGAGGUCACUAACACAGGUGAAGGAGUUGGGUGCAGUUGUGUAUGACUGCAGCUGUCUUGCUGAGGACCUUGGGAAGAUCUUCGAGGCUUAUUGGUACCUGAAUCAGACCAAGACCGUUCCUGCACCCUGGCCCAGCAACUACUCCACCCUGUACAAUAAGGACACACCGAUGCAGCUGUCACUCAAUGGGACCGAUGCCAGUGUCUAUCUAUCAAGCUCUCCUCCUUCCUUGUGCGCUGAGGGCAGGACUUCAGACCUGCAGUCUAUCCUCAGUGUGAUCGAUGACGCCCAGCAGUUUGUCUACAUCGCUGUGAUGAACUAUCUUCCCACGAUGGAGUUCUCCAGCCACAAGAGGUACUGGACUGAUAUCGAUGCCCAGCUGCGGCGCGUGGCUUAUGAGCGCAGGGUUCGUGUGCGUCUGCUGAUCAGUUGUUGGGAAAGCACCAACCCAAUCAUGUUCCCGUUCCUCCGCUCACUCGCUUCCUUACAGGACAAGAACAAGCUGGACGUUCAAGUGAAAAUCUUUACUGUGCCAUCUGACCCUCGACAGAAGAAAAUUCCCUUUGCCAGAGUCAACCAUAACAAGUACAUGGUCACAGACAAGGUUGCUUAUAUAGGUACCUCUAACUGGUCAGGUGACUACUUCGUGAACACAGCUGGUUCUGCAUUAGUGGUGAACCAGACUUUAGCUCAGGCCACAGGUCCUACAGUCCAGGAGCAGUUGCAGGAAGUGUUCGAGAGAGACUGGGACUCUCAGUACAGCACUGACAUUAACCACAGAACCAACCGUAAAACGGUUUGCUAGUCCAGGCUGUGUCUGCGCUGUGGCCUUCACACUGCAGGUGGCGCUGUUGAGUGCUGAGCCACACACUGCUGAUGGCAUUUGAAGUAUGGUAUUCAGGGCAUGUACAUCAUAGAUCUAUGCUCCAUUUUUGGGCUCUUAAAUACCUCCUCCCCUGAUCAUCUUGCCAUGAGCUACUUUUGCACUCAUAAAAGUGCACUAAACAAGAGGUGGGAGUUAAAGAACGUAUUUUUUCAAUAAUGAUAAUAACAAGAUAAAUACUUUUUGCAUAUGUUUUGCACAAAAUGUCUUUUAAAUGACAUGCAAUACCUCUUAACAGAAAUGCCUUCCUGUUGAUCGAUCAUUUUAACAUGUAUUGAACCUGUAGUGUCUCAGGUAGAAUCGUUUUAUCGUUGAUUUUAAAAGAUUGUUCAUGGCUGCUUUCUCUUUCUAAAGUGAUUUCCUAAAUGCUGCGUGCUGUCCUGUACAUCUGAAGUAGUCUUUAUUGAAUUUUUUUUAUAUAUAUAAUUUGACGACUUGUUAUGUCACCACUAUUGGCCAGCAGCACUGGGCUGUU